AUCUUUAGAGGUUUGUGUUGAGAGGAGCCAAAAGUCGUGCCAUCGGGACGUCAACUUCCAGGCCAUAACGGCGAGUCAAGGGAGGGUUAGCCGCAGUCGUCAACCGUCAACGAAAUCAGAACAUCAAGACGGCGCACACUACUCAUACAGUUCAAGGUCCCUCGUUGUUGUUUGGCACCAUGGCGCUUAGCCGCUUCCCAGGCUCCCUCCUCUCAAUACCCCGAGCCCAGGCCCAACGGCGGCUCCGAUCGCACUGGGGCACCGUCGGGUCCAUACCAUCGCCAGGCGGCGACAGCAAUGGUGACUCGAGCAGCAGACCGUAUUCGGUGACGCACCAGUUCGAUACGUAUAGGCUUGUGCAGAAGUUGGAGGGGGAUGGGUUUAGUAGGGAGAGUGCGGAGGCGGUUAUGGCGAGCCUGUCGGAGGUUUUGGCUGAGAGUAUCAACAACAUCAGCCGAACAUCAGUAACCAAAUCCGACUUUGAAAAAGCCAUCUACACCAACAAAGUCGAUUUCGCCCAUGUCCGAAACGAGAUUCAGAUGCUCGAAAAGAACGAUUUCGGGAUGUUGCGGUCCGACAUUGGGCGGCUGAACGCCGAGGUGGAGAAGUUUCGCACGCGGAUGGUCGAAGACCUUCGCCGCGUGCAGUCGAAUGUGAGGCUGGAGCUGAGUUUGGAGAAGGGGCGGAUUCGCGAUGAGCAGUCUGCGCAGGAGUUGAGGAUCAAAGAGGCGGACUCGAAGAUUGAUUCGGAGGUGUCGGCUUUGAGGACGCAGAUGGAGACGAUUCAGUGGGAUUUGUUCAAGACGCUGUUCCCAUUAUUGUCCGCGGCUGGUGCUCUGAUAUUCAGUUACCUCCGCUUUGUGAAAUGAGCCAAUUCGGCCGAGCAAUCACUUCUCAGCCAAUGUGGGAGUCCCCAAGAAGGAUCUUUACCCCUCUCCUCGGAUCCAAGUUCCUCUACACUACCUCAUCCGACACCCAGGUUGCCCCGACUCCCAAC